GCGGGAGAGAUCCACUGGCCGGGCAGAGACCACCUGACCACCUUCCUGGGCGCCGGAGUCCGGGCCCCACGCCAGGACUCUCCCUUUCCCCCGCAGCAUGCAGCCCCAGGAGAGCGGCGUCCAGUACAGCAGGUGGGAUGACCGCAGCCGGGAUGAAGUCCACGUGGUGGCUGGGUCCAGCCCAGAGGAGGCCUGGACCUGGGAGAGGAUCUCCCGGAAGCUGUGCUCGGGCAAGCUGGGCAUCGCCAUGAAGGUACUGGGCGGACUGGCCCUCUUCUGGGCCGUCUUCAUCCUCGGCUAUCUCACUGGUUACUAUGUACACAAGUGCAAAUAA